UGUGUCAGGUCCACUUGAGGGAGCCAGCAGAAGCUAUGGCUUACUCUCUCUCGCUCAGUCUGCUCUACCUGGGCUUGCUGUGUGGAAACGGACUGGUGUCCGCAAGAGGAUCCGAGCUGUUCACUGCAGAUCCAAGCAGAGGACCUCAUUUUACGGGCUGCCGCUCCAGAGAGCAGGAGACCUUCCGUUGUUGGUGGAGCGCUGGGACCUUCCAGAACCUCACCGAGCCUGGAGCCCUCAGGGUCUUCUACCAGACAAAAAAUGCCCUUUCUGAGUGGCAGGAGUGUCCAGACUACACGCAUACUGUGGAAAACGAGUGUUACUUCAACAAGUCCUACACAUACAUCUGGACCUCGUACUGCAUCCAGCUGCGCUCAGUUCCUCAGAACAUAACCUAUGAUGAGGCCUGCUUUACAGUGGAGAACAUAGUGCAUCCUGACCCACCAAUUGGGCUGAACUGGACUCUACUGAAUGUGAGUCGCUCAGGGUUGCACUUUGACGUCCUUGUGUGCUGGGCUCCCCCUCCAUCAGCAGAUGUGCAGAUGGGCUGGAUGAGCCUGGUGUACCAGCUUCAUUACCGGGUCAGGAAUGCCUCCCACUGGGAGAUGCUGGACCUGGAGAGUGGCACACAGCAGUCAAUCUACGGUUUGCAUACUGACAAAGAGUAUGAAGUCCGGGUGCGCUGCAAGAUGCCAGCCUUUGACAACUUUGGCGAAUUCAGUAACAGCAUCAUUGUGCAUGUGGCACGGAUACCAAGCAAAGCAAAUUGGGUUUCCAGAAGCAGCUCUUCCAUCCCUGAUCUUGGCGGCCAGCAGACAUCAGAAGUGGAGGAGACGCCCAUUCAAACGCAACCCGCUGUGCCCAUGGACAUGGACUUUUAUGCCCAAGUAAGUGAUUUCACACCAGCAGGAGGAGUGGUGCUUUCACCUGGACAACUGAACAGCUCUCCGGAGAAAAAGAAGGAAGAAGAGAAUGAAAAGAAGAUACAAUUCCAGUUGCUUUCUGAUGGAGCCUACACCUCAGAGAACACAGCCCGGAUGCUUUCUGCCGACGUGCCACCCAGCCCUGGUCCUGAGCAGGGGUACCAACCAUUCCCAACCCAAGCCAUUGAGUGGAACCCCUGGAAUGGCGAGUACCUGGUGUCCGCCAGUGAUUCCCAGACACCGUGCCUGGUUCCUGAAGCUCCUCCAGCCCCCAUACUGCCACCAGUAUCAGACUAUACUGUAGUGCAGGAAGUAGACGCCCAGCACAGCCUCCUCCUGAAUCCUCCUUCCUCACAGCCCGCGAUAUGCCCUCACAGCCCAAACAAACAUCUCCCUGCAAUGCCAACCAUGCCCAUUGGGUACCUCACCCCAGACCUUCUGGGAAACCUGAACCCAUGAAGGGACUAAAAAGCACAAAGUUCAUGGUCUUGUUGUACCUUCUCGCUGCUGGAAACCAAAGUUGCAUGAAUCGCGUGACACG